CAAAUGGCUAUAGACCUCUCGUUGCCAUUAUUGACCAGGGAAGUCACUGGGACAGAAUCUAUAUUGCUGCUGUACAAGCACCUGCCCAUGUUGGAACAGCUACCUGAGGUGGAGGACCCUGACCGGGGCCAGCCGUGUCAGGCGUGUGGGGAGCAGUGUCCAGGCUUCCUAGUGCAUGGAUGGAGGAAGAUCUGCCAACACUGCAAGUGUCCACGGGAGGAGCAUGCGGUGCGCAUGGUGCCUGUUGACUUGGAAAGGAUGAUGUGCCGCCUCAUCUCUGACUUCCAGCGCCAUUCCAUCUCAGAUGAUGAUUCGGGCUGUGCCUCGGAGGAGUAUGCUUGGGUGCCCCCAGGACUCAAACCUGAGCAGGUGUAUCAGUUCUUCAGCUGCCUCCCAGAGGCCGGGAGCAGCCCAAAGGCUCGCUUUUUAGAACAGCUGACCUAUUUCCUGGUUGAUCCUUUUCUUUUCUCUCCUCCACUGACCUGGAAAUUAUUUGUCCAGGCUCAAUACUGCAGCUCCUUGGAAGAAGAAGAGGCAAAAGAGCUGAAGUUAUUUUCUCAGCAGAGAAAGCGAGAGAACCUGGGUCGCGGGACAGUCCGUCUCUUCCCUGUCACCAUAACCGGAGCAAUUUGUGAACAGUGCGGGAAGCAGAUCUGUGGCGGAGACAUUGCGGUCUUUGCCAGCCGAGCAGGGCAUGGGGCUUGCUGGCAUCCACAGUGCUUUGUUUGCACCACCUGCCGGGAGCUCCUUGUGGACCUCAUCUACUUCUACCAGGAGGGAAAGAUCUACUGCGGGCGGCACCACGCUGAGCGCCUCAAGCCGCGCUGUGAGGCCUGCGAUGAGAUUAUCUUUGCAGAUGAGUGCACAGAAGCUGAGGGCCGCCACUGGCACAUGCGCCAUUUCUGCUGCUUUGAGUGUGAAGAGGCUCUUGGUGGACAACGGUACAUCAUGCGCCAGAGCCGCCCCUACUGUUGCCGCUGCUAUGAGAGCCUCUAUGCAGAGUACUGUGAUGCUUGCGGAGAACAUAUUGGUAUCGACCAGGGCCAGAUGACCUAUGAGGGCCAGCACUGGCACGCCACCGAUGCCUGUUUCAGCUGUUCCCGCUGCCAUCAGCCUCUCCUCGGGAAGCCUUUCCUGCCCAAGCAGGGCCAGAUCUUCUGCUCCCGGGCCUGCAGCCUGGGCGAAGACCCCAAUGGCUCAGACUCCUGCGACUCCGCUUUCCAGAGCGCCCGUUCCCAGGAUUCUCGACGGGCCAGCUGGCAGCAGCGCCGCAUUCAGGCCCAGCGCUCCAUGUCCUCUCAGGUUGCCCGUUCCGUUUCCUUUGGAGGGCAGCCGACGCUGUCUAACUCAGCCCCCAAAAUCCGAAGGAGCUGGAGCGGAUUGUCUGGUGCUGGGGAGGAGAUGCCCACCGACGCGGAGGAGCUUUCUGAUCCAGAUAGUAACGGUUCUGCCUGUAGCCAUAGCUGUGAGGAACCUGUGAAAUGUACUUCCAGGGGAACGUCCACUUGCCCACCUCCGGUCAAUGACGGCGAACCAGGAACAGGUGCCGACACUCGGCCAUGUUUCCAGCGUGCCUCUCCCUUGCGCCACUCCAUGCCCGAGUUGGGUAUCCCCACCUCUAAGCCCUCUGACUGGAGCAGCAGUUCUGCUUCCAAGCUUCAAGCACCUCCCCGCCUGCGACUCAGUGAGGGAGCGGAGCUGGGGACAGGGAGCUUUGCACGGGAAGGCGUCCCUCGAGUAAGCUUUCGGGACCCUUUAGUCUCAGGAGAGCCCAGCAACCCUCGUCCUGAGCAGGCGUCCACCGAUCCCAAGCUACUUCAGAACAGAGAUGCCGGCAGGGGACACCCUCGCUCCACCUCAGACAACUCUCUCAACUUGGGGAACCCGGGCUGGAGGCCAAGGAAGGGCGUCAGGGAGGGGAGGAGAGGCCAUCUCUCCUAUUCAGCUUCUGAAGGUGCUUUUCCUUCCUGGCAUCGACGUUACCCCCCUAGGGGAUGGGACUUCAGCUCUUCCGAUUCCUCGGAUUCCUCCUCCGAGGAAGAAGGCUACUUUCUGGGGGAGCCUAUACCCUUGCCACCCCACCUCCGAGGUGGAACCAACCCUGUAGAGACUGCACCAUCCACUGACUCGACACUUAACAAGCAACGCCGAAGACUACGGGUUGUCCGGGACAAGAAUUGUGUUGUAGCUUAACAUUAUCUUCUUCUCUCAUGGACUUCUGGGCAGGAUGAUCAAGCUUGAAGUCAGGGUUUCUGGGUUUUCAGAACCUUAUGUAUUGAACAUUUCCUGGUGUCUCUGUGUGUGUGUGGCGGGGAGGGGAUGCCUCUGAAAUUUGGCCUGGCAGCACUGCCUGUUGUGUCCUUCCACCAUGACCUCUUUAACUUGUGGCCCUUAACCAGGGAAUCUUCUCCACUGGAUCUUCCUCAUGAAGUGACCUCUUCAUCACAACCAUUGAAAUCUUUUUAACUUUCCUCAGGGACACUUGAGCACUGGCUUUUCCAUGGUGACCUUUGACGUUUUAGAUGUGUGACCCUUCUGUGAUGAAUCUUGAACUCCAGUCUGUGGUGGUCUUGCAACUUUUGCCUGUUUUCUUUUCCACUGUGGCCUUUUGACCUCUCAACUGUGACCUCUUGAAUGCUGAUUUAACCUUUUCAUCUUGAACCUUUUGAAAGAAUGGUCUUCUAAACCUGUGCCCUGUGAGCUCCAAAUUGUGCAACUUCACCUCUGAAUUCUUGAACUCUGUUUUUGACCUUUCCACUGUGACCUCUACAUUUUUGUCACCUUUCCUGUGGGUGAACUUUUUGACCCUUGAUCGUUCAAGUUGCCAUUAUUAAUGUAAGUGUGUAAAAGUUGUGUGGUGUCAGCUUUUGGGUGCAUUUUCUCUAUAAUGAAGGUGUUUAAUUAUGUGUGUGCUGGGGUGGGUGGGGUUGAAAACUCCAUUCCUUAGCUGCUAUAGCGGUCUCACUCUGCUGAAUAUGGGCACAAGGUGUCGUUUAUGGGGCAGAGCCCACAACAGAUCCUCCUAAUCUAACUGGAACUGCUGUUCUCCUUUCCUCCGUCCAGUUCCCCUUGCACUUUGUGUGUAUCUUUCAAGUUCACAAUUUUUAACGUUUUGUUUUUCUA